AGUAGGGUUGAUGGUAGUAUCAAUGUAUAUGGGGGAACGUACAGUAGAUGGCAGUAAUGAGCUACAUCAGGAAGGUAUCUUUGUCCAUUAUAGCAUUAAAUGAAAGUAUAUAAAGAGCUAUAAAAAAAGAUCUGCUGCAGCUGCAGAGUCAGUGAGGGAGGAAAGGGGAGGCAAAGGCGUUUAGGUGGCUCUACCUGGAUAAAUUGUUGCUCAUGCUACAAGAGAAUAUUCAGUUCUCCAGGAUGAUAAGAAGUCUUGCAGAGUCUUGUGCCAGUUACUACACAGCCAACAACACAUUUGUGGAUACUUUUGGAUGUCCCAGGAAAGAAGAUGGUUCAGAUUUGAUCUACUGCUGUGGUUUUGUUGACUUGAAAUAUUGCUGCGGUGAGCCGGGGAACUACUUUCCAUACAAGCAUGGCUACAUGUGGUCUCUAAGCGUAGGAGCUCUGAUUGGCCUGGGAAUCGCAGCACUAGUCCUGCUCGCCUUCAUUGUCAGCGUGUGUGUGCUCUGCUAUUUAUUUCUAUACACAAAGCCACAGAGGAUAGAUUCUGGUUUGAAACUGCAGCGCGUAGGAUCUUCAGCUUCACAUGGAGACAAAGUUAAAAAAAAGGCAAAACCAGAUUGUGCUGAUAAACGUGCGAACUCUGAGAACGAAACCUUUCCUGAUCCCGAAAGGAACGUGCAAGAGAAACUCCUGGAAAUUACACAAAUCAACGCUAGCAAGCUGUAACAUACCAGCAAUUUGGUCUUUUUAUACUUUUCCUUUUUAAAGUGUUAAUUAUAAAAUAAACGGAUAAUUAAA